UGCGAGUGCAAUGUCGUUCUUGAAGCGAGUAAAAGUGCGGGGUUCCAGAGAGUGCGAACCCGAGCUGACGAGGAGCCAGUACUCGCUCGUGUCGCAGGACCUGACUGCGGGGGCGCUGCAGCUGUGGGUCGGGUUGCCUGAGGAGGUGAAAUACGACCCGGCACUCGCGGCCUUCAGGCAGUUCUACGAGAGGGAGACUGCUCAAGAAUCCCUCCCCCUCCGCCCCCGAAGAUCAUCAGCGCCGAAGGUCAAACGGCUUCCAGCUGUCAACUCAGCUCCCCAUCUUAACAAUAAUGAAAGAAUAUCAGAGGAUCCACUGGCGCAGAAUGGAUCCGUGUACUUUACGCAAGAUAACAAACCUCCUGUGGACUCCACGGAGACAAACAAUCACCUACUACAUGGAGAGAAGAAACCUUCAAAAUGGGACAAAGCCCGGAGCUACACCAAGCUGUCACUCCUGGUGGGUUGUUGGGUGUUCUUCACCGUCGUGUUCUGUCUCUUCAAUGAGAAGGAGCUCGUCUUCAGGAACUGCGUGCUUAUUCCUGGACAGGUCAAAGAUUACUUACUCGAGAUACCGAAGAGUCACCUGACACUAUUGGUGGACGUGUCAGGCCCGUUCCUGACUGAGCAGGAGGAACAGAAACUGAACCUUACGGAGAAGAGCAUAAGGUCCAAAGUCGAUGUAUGGGUGGAGAGAUGGGCCGUAAGGGGAGACACAGGCGAUAUCAAAGAGUCGGAUAUAGUGGAGAGAGAGAAUUUCACUCAACCUCACUCAUUCCUAUUUCUGGACCCCAACGAGCUGGAAUUCAGCGAGGCCACGCCCCGGUCGGCUAAGUUCGAACACCAUUCCAAUUUGAAUUCAACGGCCGUUUAUGUCAUCAGAAUGUUGUCAGACUCGGCGAUGGCGACGCCCUUAUCGUUAAGUUACCAGGACGGUCCGAUAGAUGUCGCCGUAGGCGUAACUUACGCCUGUCUGCUUCUGGUUAUGCUGUAUGCGUUGAUUAUAUUUGAGAUAAUAAAUCGUACACUAGCAGCAAUACUGGUGUCGACAUUGUCACUCGCGGUCCUGUCAUUGGCUGGCGAGCGGCCUUCAGUAGAGCAGCUGGUGUCGUGGCUGGACGUGGAAACCCUGCUGCUGCUGCUGAGCAUGAUGCUGCUGGUCGCCAUCAUGGCGGAGACGGGAAUGUUCGACUUUCUGGCCGUCUUCACUUUCCAGGUAACGAAGGGCAAGAUGUGGCCUCUAAUCAACGUGCUCUGUGCUAUCACGGCCGUGCUCUCCACUUUCCUGGACAACGUCACUACCGUGCUGCUCAUAACGCCAGUCACCAUCAAGCUUUGCGAAGUUAUGGAGAUGCAUCCGAUCCCUGUGCUGACAGCUAUGGUGCUAUACAGCAACAUCGGCGGAACAGCCACGCCUGUCGGCGAUCCACCCAACGUGAUCAUAGCUUCCAACCAGAUCGUCAUACAAUCGGGGAUCAACUUCGCGAACUUCACGCUGCACAUGACACUAGGCAUCAUACUGGUGUGUCUACAGACAUACUUUCAACUGCGGUUCAUGUAUCGGGACGUGAGCAAGCUGCGGCCGAGCGAGCCACGCGAGAUACAAGAUCUGAGACGACAACUGAACGUUUGGCGACGAGCAGCAGACUCGCUUCCUCAUAUGAGCAAGGAUGAAUUAGUCGUCAAGGAGCGGCUAGAACGCAAGGUCCAAAAGAUCAGCUCGCAAUUGGCCAUCGCGCUUAAAGAGAGCAACAAGCGUGCAUGUCCCAAAGACACCUUCCAGAGGACCCUCUCCGAGCUCAAGGAAAAGUACAAAAUCCGGGACAAAAAGCUGCUAAUUAAAUCCUGCGUCGCCAUCGGAUUCGUGGUCAUCAUGUUCUUCCUCCACGCUUUUCCUGAAUUCAAUCGUGUGUCGCUCGGCUGGACAGCGUUGCUCGGCGCCAUCUUGCUUCUGAUCCUGGCUGACAGGGAGGAUAUAGAAUCCAUCCUGCGCAGGGUGGAGUGGUCUACGCUACUCUUCUUCGCUGCUCUCUUCGUUCUUAUGGAGGCAUUGACCAAGCUUGGUCUGAUCGACUAUAUCGGCGGGCUGACUGAAGCCCUCAUCAUGAGGGUCCACGAAACCCAUCGGCUGGCGGUCGCCCUGCUCCUCAUACUCUGGAUAUCAGGCGUGACAUCAGCGUUCGUGGACAACAUCCCGCUGACGACGAUGAUGGUGCGGGUGGUGACGUCACUUGGCACCAACCCCGCGCUCGGGCUACCCCUGCAGCCGCUCAUCUGGGCGCUGUCGUUCGGAGCCUGCUUGGGGGGUAACGGCACGCUAAUCGGCGCAAGCGCAAACGUGGUGUGCGCGGGAGUGGCGGAGCAGCACGGCUACAAGUUCACCUUCGUGCAGUUCUUCAAAGUCGGCUUCCCCAUCAUGAUUGGACACUUGGUCGUAGCCAGUGGAUAUUUGAUCGUAUGCCAUUGUCUUCUUACGUGGCACUGAGGUGUUAGGUCCAUCUUCGAAACGCAAA